UAUUUAAUUGGAUAAAAAUGUAAAAAUUUUUUGAUAUAAUAAAAAUAUAAGUAUUUAUUGUUCUUGCUUAUUUCAUAGCGUACCAUUUAAAAAAGAUAACUUUGCAUCGGGUCUACAUUAAUCGAUUAUUUUCGGAACGCCAUUUUCAUUAUUGCCCAUCGCGCGAUUAAAUGUUACCUAGCGUAAGGUAUAGCGUUGAAAUAAAGUGAAGAUUUUGUAUAAUCCUGGAAUCAAGACGUUAUAAAGGAAAUUUGUGAAAGUAAAUCCAUAUUACGAUAUAUGCACAUAUGCACUUUUGUACAUAUCGGUAAAAGAUUUAUUUUUAUGAACCUACGAAUUAGAUAAAACGAUUAUGAAGAACCGAAAGGGUACAACGAUAGCAGAGUAUUUGAUAAAAGAUUUGGUUUAGUUCCAUUCAUUGAUUAACUUUCUGUAUGCGUCAGUUGCGUCACAAAUCAGUUAUCAAUAUUGCAUGUAAUGUCGGUAAUGUUUUAAUCCAAGUGUCAUUUGUCUCGAAAGUCAAGAGCAGAAAAUUCUUAUUUGAAGGUCGACAAUAAAAUGGAAAAUUCUGAAGUCACAAUUGAAGGAGAAAACUAUGAAGUAGUUGAUGAAUGUGUCGAAGAAGAAGAUACAACUAAUGCUGCGCAGAAUAAGUCUAUGGAUAACUCUACUAAUAUGAACAAGCAAUGUUCGAAUGAUAUGGUUCCUGAAAAUAGUACAGAAAAUAAAAAUAUAGAGCAAAAUAAUGAAGCAAUACCAAUGGAUUCUGUAAACGAUUCAGUACCAGAUAAUUCAAAUAUUAAUAGUAGCAUCGAAGAUAAUAAGAGUAACAUCAAAAAUGAUGAGAGUAACAUUGGAAAUGAUAAAACUAACAUCGAAAAUGAUCAGAGUAACAUAGAAAAUAUUGAGAACACCAAUAAAAAUGAACAAAGCAACGUUGGAAAUGAACAGAGUAACGCUGAAAAUGAACAGAGUAACGCUGAAAAUGAACAGAGUAACGCUGAAAAUGAACAGAGUAACACUGAAAAUGAACAUAAUAACAUUAUAAACGAUCAAAAUAAGAUUGAAAAUGAUACAGAGCAAUCAAAUGUAGAAAAUGAACAUCCACAACAAUCAAAUGCAGAAUCAAUUGAUUUUACUGCUGAUAUAAAUUUAGAUCAGCUAGAAGAACAAAAAGAUGUAACAGACGAAGAUGUUUUACGUAAUUUGGAUGAAAUUGAAAAUAUAGAUUUGACUUCUGAUGUUCAAGUAAUAAAGCAAAAUGAUCAGACACAGGAGAAUAGAAUAUCUAACUCGGAAAUAAAGAAGAUUGGUGCAAAAAAUGAAAGAGUUGAAAAGAGUAAUAUUAAUCAGCAGAUACCUGAUAACAAUAAUGAAAAUAAUAAAUCAAUAGCAGUAGAAGAAGGAGAAUGUGUGAAAUAUGAAUGGUAUGAAAAGAAGCUCGCUGAGAAAGAGGCAAUUAUAAAGGAACGAUUAUCAAAGGUUGCUAGAGUUUUAGCAAUUUCUUAUCCAUGCUAUGAACAUUGGUUAGAAUGGGAAGAGAAAAUGAACGGUUCUCCUUUAUGCAAGUUAAAACCAGCUCGACGUUGUCGUUUGGACAAACCAUAUACUAAUCGUUGGAAGUUUAUUUGUACUAAAAAAAAUGUACAAAAUCCUACAAAAAUGACAAGUGAUGCUGAUAGUGAUGGUGAUAAUAAAAACGCAGAAUUUAUGUGGAAAUUGGAACCAGGCAAUACCUGUGGUGUUAAUAUAAAUAAUGAAGUAGAACUUCCACCUUUUGUCUUAUCUGCUGUAAAGGUAUUUGAAGACUUUCUUCAAACAACAGAACAAUUACUUCCACAGAAUUCUAAAAAUGAAAGUUUUUCUGAUGAUAUACCUAUGGAUGCAUCACCGAAAAAGGAAGUAACCACUGAUGGAAGACAGGAAUGGUUGUGGUUACUAGUACGUUGUAAUAGCAUGGAUGAGCUUAUGUUAUUUGCAACUGGAAAAAACAUCAGUUGCUCGACGAUGAAUCGUUUAAAACAGAUUUAUGAAUCUGGACCUGGAAAGGAUUGCAAUGUGAAAUCUCUUUAUUGCAAGACUAUAAAUAAAUGUAAUGAUACUGUUGUUACAGACACAACAUUUUUGGUAGGUUCAGAAGCUUUAGAUGAAACUGUGGGUGGAUUAAAAAUACAGCUUGCACCCAAAACAAAUUUUUGGUCAAAUACUGCAGGAGCAGAAAAUAUAGCAAACGCAGUAAUCGAAUUACUUGGUCCCACUCCAAAAACAACUGUAUUUGAAAUAGGAUGUGGUAUUGGUCUUAUUGGACUCAUGAUGGCUUCUAAAUGCCAACAAGUUAUAGGAGUAGAUUCUCCGUCUGAAGUAGAAGAAGCGGAAAUGACAUGUGAGUUAAAUAACAUAAAAAAUGCUUCGUUUAUUAUGGGAGCGCCUAACCAAAUCGCAGGUAAAAUUGCCAUAGCAGCAAAAAAUCGGAGAACAGGUGCAAUAAUUAAUGCAAACACUAAUAUCGGACGAGCUAUUGAAAUAAUGGCAUGUCUCAGAAAAAUUCCAUCUCUUAAACGAAUAGUGAUGAUAACUACAUUAACUAAGCAAUCAGUACGUGCUAUAUUAGAAUUAGCACGGCCUGUAGACAAUAGCAGUCGCGGACCGCCGUUUAUUCCUGUUUUGGCGCGCGUAGUUGAUACUUUACCUGUUGGUCCUCAUUUUGAAGCAGUUAUCAUGUUGCAACGACGAACAAUAAAAAUGAAUCUAAAUUGGUACCAAAAAAGUAUAGAAGCAACAGAUAGUAAAAAUAAUCAAGAACAAGCACACGAACAAAGUACAAACGGAGCAAAUAAAAGACUACCAGUUAAAGAUGUUAAACCACAAGUUAAAAAGAAUUUUAAUAAACCAAUAGUAAAACAUGCCCCGAAAAAGUCAAAGGCUGCAUUAAGGAGAACGCUUUAUACAAAAAAUGCUGAUAAUUUAACAAAAAAUAUUUUCAAAGGAAAACGUUCACAUUCCCCUGACAAAGGAGAAGCACCACCAAAGAAGCUGAUGAAGAAAUUUAACAAAUCUGGGAUUAAAGAUUUACCUGCUAAAAGGAAGAAAGAAUGGAUAACAGAAAAUCCACAGCUGCGCAUCAAUCCUACAUAUGAAAGAAAGAUGCGAGAACCCAAAGAGCAACCUGAUUUGAGAGAAAGAUUAUCUAAUAAUAGAUUAGAUACAGACAUUGCUCAAACAGUGAAAGAGCAUCAAGCACUUUUAGAAAUAGCAAAAGAAAAAUUAAGUGGACCAGCUCCAACUGUCGAUGUAAAUACCGCUAAACAGUUGCAAAAUAUGUUAAAUAUGGUUUUAGAACAAACAAAUAAACUCCAGAGUCAACUUCCACGUUCCGUUUGGGAUCGUAUCGCACCACCAGAAAAUGUAAAUUCAGGUGAAAGAGAAAGUACAGAUGAUCUUCUUUUAAAAGGUCGAUACAUUCAAGAAAUGGGUUCCCAAGAUAUUUUAAUUACUGCGACAAAUAAGAAAUUUUUAAAUAACGAAGAGUCUACUAUGAAACCAGGGUAUAAAAAAUAUAAUAAUUUACCACCAUUAGAACCAAAUACAAUAAUGCCAGUAUCGCAAGCAAUUGAGCACAGAGAAGAAAGACAGUUUCGUGUAACACCAGACCGAUAUGAAAUUAGCAUGCAGCCGCAACAGACUCAAGACAUUUUUAAUAGAAACCGUUGGAAUGAAAUGGGAAAUGUAAAGAAACCAAUGUCACCAAUGAGAAGACAAAUAUCCCCGAUAAUACAUCGGUUGACUCCACCAAAAAGACUUUCUCCUAAACGACCAUUGUUGUCUCCUCCAAGACGUCCAUGUUCUCCUCCCAGACGACACUUCUCUCCCCUUCGCCGUCCUCCAUCACCAAUUUAUAGACAACGUUCUCCUGUAAGAUGUGAGAUAUCUCCUCUAAGACGACCAUUAUCACCUCCACGACGAACUGAUAUGCCUCUAAAUCGUCCAAUGUCGCCAUUAAGACGUCAGAUAUCGCCACCGCGGCAACAAAUAUCUCCUAUGAGAUCAACUAUGUCUCCUAGAAGACAACCAUCACCAAUGAGACGACCAGUAUCACCUCCUAGGAGACAGAUUCCUUCUCCUAAUCGAAUGAUGUCUGGUAGACAAGAAAUGUUACUUUCUAGGCGUCAAGUAAUACUACAAGAUAGACAACAAACAUCCACGAUGAGACGUGAAGAAUCAUCGAAGGCAUUCAUGCCGGAACCUUCUCCAUCGCUAUCGAAAAGACCACAAUCCCCUCAAAGACGUCAAAUGUCUCCACAGCCAUUUACCGAUGAUUGGGAUAUACCAAGUAGAGGAGCAAUUGAACAAGGUACUUGGUUCCGCCCUACUGAAAGAGUAUCAGAACAAAAUGUCUGGCGAAAUGACAAAAAUUUAGCAUCUAAUAGUAAUUGGGAACAAGCUGCGUGUAAUGAUAGACAAAGAAAAUCUUUUAGUCAAGAAAAGUGGGAUACUAAAGAGUCUGUUCGUAGUGAUUCAUGGAAUAGUAGUGGAAAUAACUGGAACUCUAAACAGUUACCUACAAAACCUAUGAUGAAAGAAACAUGGUCGUCAAGUUUUGAUAAUAAAUGGACAAGCACACCGAAUAUGCCUGGAACUAGUAACGAGAAUUGGAAUAUUCGUGGAAAAGAAACUUUUACUACAUACAAAGAGCCAUGGAUGGACAGUAAAAAACAAAGUAGAUGGGAACCGGUAAAUGUUAAGGACUCUUGGAAAAAUUCUGACAAAGAGGAUUUGAAUGAUUUACCAGAAGAUGCGAAAGAUCCUUGGGGUGAUGAUGGCACUUCAGAUUUUAAAGACAGGUGGUCGAAAUUUGAAAAUACUCCAUCAUCAUCCACGUGGACAAGAGAAAAUGAACAACAGGGAGAUAUGUGGUCAAAAAAUAAAGCCAAUUGGCAGAACAAAGGAUCAAAUUUUCCUACGAAAUCUCAGUGGCAAAAUAGUAACGUUCAAAAUGUUGGAAAAUCACGUUGGCUUUCUCAAAAUGAUACGGAAAAAAAGGCAGCAUCAAGUGGUUCUUGGAAAAGUGGGAACAAUGUAGGAUCUUGGCAAUUUCAAAAUUCAAAUUUUCAAUCACAACGCCCUUUUCCUACUUCUCAGUUUAAAAGUUCAUAUUAAAAUUGGUGUUCGAUAAAUUAAUAAUGUUACUUGAACUUUUUUUCAGAUAUUCUUAUCAUUAUAUCACUUUAUUACAUGGAUCACAAAGGGGAAAUUAUAGUUUUUAUGUUUCAGUAUCAAUUCAAAAUAUAUUUAAGUCGAAUGGAAUAAAUAAUUACCCGAUUAAAGUUUAAAAUACUUAUAAACUUACUAUAUUUAUUAUGAUAGUUUGUGUUUUAAGUUGAUGCAAGUGAAAAGUGAUUCUGUUUUUUUUUCUUUUUUUGAGUUACUGUUUUGUUGUUUUAACAUUGAGAAUAACAUAAUUGUCAUUGUUAUUAUCAUUAUUACAUAAUGAAUACAGAAUUUAUAAUUUAAUGUGUUUACUACAAAGUCUAGGUAAUGGUGUUUUCUGUAUAUCUCCUUUGAGACUAUGUAAAAAGUAAGUUUAUAUUGUACUUUUUAAAUAAAAUUGCAUUUAUAUAAAAGUA